ACUCAAAUCAAAUCUGCCUUUGCCCUGCCCCAGCUCCAAAAGCGAAGCUUCAAGCAUCAGCAACCUCCUCCGCCACCUCCCUCUUCACCUCCUCCUCCUCACUUGGAGUAGUAGCAAGCACCAAGCAGCACACUGCACACAACACGGCGGACCGGAGUGGAGUGGAGUAGGGAGCUGGGCAAGGGAGCCCCAGCCACCAUCCCCGCCGCGGCCAUGCGUUUCUCGGUGGUGCUCCUCGUCGUGGCCCUGCUCUGCCUCGGCGGCGGCGGUGGAGGUCGGGUGGCGGCGUCCACGGACUUCAACUUCCCGGCGGUGUUCAACUUCGGGGACUCCAACUCCGACACCGGCGGCCGCGUGGCCGCCGGGUUCGAGUCCAUCCUCCCACCCUACGGCUCCACCUUCUUCGGAGGCCCCGCCGGCCGCUUCUGCGACGGCCGCCUCAUCCUCGACUUCCUCAUGGAGGCAAUGGAUAUGCCACUCCUCAAUGCGUAUUUGGAUUCUCUUGGUACACCAAGCUUUCGGACUGGUGUUAAUUUUGCUCAAGCUGGAUGCUCAAUCACACCAGCAAAUCCAACAUCUGUCAGCCCAUUUUCAUUUGGCCUUCAGGUGAAGCAAUUCUUUGCCUUCAAGGACAAAGUUGCUAAGCUCCUGUCUAAAGGAGAUCUGUACAGGCAAUACAUUCCUCAAGAUGAUUACUUUUCUGAGGGACUCUACAUGUUUGAUAUUGGGCAAAAUGAUCUUGCUGGUCAAUUCUAUUCAAAAACAGAGGAUCAAGUCAUUGCAUCCAUUCCAACUAUCUUGUUGGAAUUCGAAACUGGGCUCAAGAAACUGUAUGACCAAGGUGCUAGGAAAUUCUGGAUUCACAACACAGGCCCUCUCGGCUGCUUACCUCAAAACAUAGCCUUGUUUGGCAAAGACCCAUCCCAGCUAGAUGAGCUUCACUGUGUAGCAAAGCACAAUCGAGCUGCAAAACUUUUCAACUUACAGCUGCAUGCAUUAUGCACAAAGUUGAGAGGUGAAUUCGCUGGAGCCAGCAUCACUUAUGUGGACAUCCACACCAUCAAAUAUAACCUGAUCGCCAACUACUCUCGAUAUGGGUUCGAGCAUGCCACUCAAACAUGCUGUGGAUAUGGAGGUCCACCCCUGAACUAUGAUGGUAGGGUACCAUGUGGACAGACAGUGUCUUUGAAUGGUAAACCUGUUACAGCGAAAGGGUGCAGUGACAGUACUGAAUUCGUCAAUUGGGAUGGGAUACAUUACACUGAAGCUGCAAAUUUCCACAUUGCAUCUCAGAUACUGACCGGGAAAUACUCUGAUCCUCCGUUCGUCGACAAGAUGCCAUUCGUCAUAAAACCUAGAUUCUAAGUAGCAUACAAUUGUUUUCUCUCUGAUCAACCACUUUAACAGCAUUGGUUGCGGAUACGAUGUAUUUAUUACUUGUUAAUAACCAUAUAUAGCUCGAUCACAGAAGGGGGAAAAGUCACAUCUGGCUUGGUCAGUUGCCUAUCA